GCUCGCCUUGCGCGAGCCUCAGCCGCAGCCAGCCCCGGAGCCUCUGUGCUCGGCAGUGCGGUGUGAAAGCCGGGAGGCAGCCUGAGCCCUCCGGACCUCCAAGUGGGACGCGGUGCCAGGGAUCCCGGCUUUGUUCCCGGGGCCAGAGUGCAGCGGACUCGCAACUCCGUGCUCGCCCAGGCUGAAAGCAUCCAAGCGACCCCCGCGCCUCGGUUCACAAAGCCCGAGGGAGCGCGAAGGCGCGAAGGGCGGGCGCUCUCCAGAGACAGGAGGAGCCCCGUUCUCCCCGGCUUACGCCCUGCUCGCGAUCCGGCCUCCUUGGCCCCAUGAGGACCCCGGGGCCGAGGCUGAGAGCCCGGCACAGCCCGGCCCGAGAGCGUUAGACAGGCAAGGUGUGGAGCCGCUCUCUUCAGCCCACCUCCGCCCAGGAUGCGGCUGGGCCGCCGGGCCCUCUGCGCGCUGGUCCUGCUGCUCGCCUGCGCCUCGCUGGGGCUCUUGUACGUGAGCACCCGAGACGCGCCGGGCCCCCGGACCCGGUCUGCACUGUGGACGCGCCCGCGGUUCGCCCCCAGGCCAGAGCUGCCAGAGCUUGCCCCUGAGCCUCGUUACGCACACAUCCCAGUCAGGAUCAAGGAGCAAGCGGUGGGGCUGCUGGUUCAGAACAACUGCAGUUGUGAGUCCAGUGGGGGGAGCCUCCCCCUUCCCUUCCAAAGACAGGUCCGAGCCAUUGAUCUCACUAAGGCCUUUGACCCUGAAGAGCUGAAGGCUGCCUCUGCCGCCAGAGAGCAGGAGUUCCAGGCCUUCCUUUCCAGGAGUCAGUCCCCUGCUGACCAGCUGCUUGUAGCCCCUGCCAACUCUCCCCUACAGUACCCCCUGCAGGGAGUGGAGGUUCAGCCUCUGAGGAGCAUCUUGGUGCCAGGACUGAGCCUACAGGCACUGUCUGGUCAGGAGUUAUACCAGGUGAACCUGACUGCCUCCCUGGGCACCUGGGAUGUGGCAGGGGAAGUCACUGGAGUGACUCUCACUGGAGAAGGGCAGCCGGAUCUCACCCUUGCCAGCCCAGAGCUGGACCAACUCAACAGGCAGCUGCAGCUGGUCAUUUACAGCAGCCGAAACUACCAGGCCAACACAGCAGACACAGUCCGCUUCUCCACGGAGGGACACCAGGCUGCCUUCACCAUCCGCAUAAGACAUCCCCCCAAUCCCCGGCUGUACCCGCGUGGGUCUCAACCCGAGGGAGCCCAGUACAAUAUCAGCGCUCUGGUCACCAUUGCCACCAAGACGUUCCUUCGAUAUGAUCGGCUCCGGGCACUCAUAGCCAGCAUCCGACGCUUCUACCCCACUGUCACUGUGGUCAUCGCUGACGACAGCGACAAGCCAGAGCGAAUCAGCGGCCCUCACGUGGAGCACUAUCUCAUGCCUUUUGGCAAGGGCUGGUUCGCAGGACGGAAUCUGGCAGUGUCCCAAGUAACCACCAAGUACGUGCUGUGGGUAGACGACGACUUUAUCUUCACCGCGCGCACACGGCUGGAGAGGCUCGUGGAUGUGCUGGAGCGGACGCCCCUGGACCUGGUAGGGGGCGCGGUGCGCGAGAUCUCGGGCUUUGCCACCACUUACCGGCAGCUUCUGAGUGUGGACUCCGGCGCCCCAGGCCUUGGGAACUGCUUCCGGCAAAGGCGCGGCUUCCAUCACGAACUCGCGGGUUUCCCAGGCUGCGUGGUCACAGACGGAGUGGUUAACUUCUUCCUGGCGCGCACCGACAAGGUGCGAGAGGUUGGCUUCGACCCACGCCUCAGUCGUGUGGCACAUCUGGAAUUCUUCCUGGAUGGACUUGGCUCCCUUCAAGUUGGCUCCUGUUCAGAUGUCGUCGUGGAUCAUGCAUCAAAGUUGAAGCUGCCUUGGAUAUCAAGGGAACCUGGAGCAGAGACUUAUGCCCGGUACCGGUAUCCAGGAUCACUGGAUGAAAGUCAGGUGGCCAAGCACCGCCUGCUCUUCUUCAAACACCGGCUGCAGUGCAUGACUGCGGAAUGAUGGCCACGGAGGCCUUCCCCUGGCAGG